ACCGGCACCGGCGUUGGCACCGACGGGGGUCGGGACCGGGAUCGCGAUCGCGGCCCCGAGCGAUCACGGCGGUGGUCGGGAGCGGGCAGGGGCAGCCCGGUCGCUGCGGUGUCCCCGGCGGUCGCUGCUCUCUGUGCCCGGGCGGAGCGGCGGGGGCGCGGCCCGACACCGGCGGCGGGCGGGGGUCCCGGGAAGGGCCGCGGUUCGGGUGCCGCCGCUGCCAUCGCGGCGGGGCUCGGCGCAGGGAAAGACCCGGGCUGUGGGCGCGUUCGAGCGCUUGGAAGGUGCCCAAGCCCCGGCGCUGCGGUGAUGGGCGCUGCAACGAGCGACUCCGUGCCAGAGAGAGCAGCCCAGACAAGCCUUCCCCGCGGGGAUGAGGAGCGGGAGCGGGACCGGGCAGCGGGGGGAGCCAGCCUCCCCCUGCAUCCAGGAGCCCUCGCUUCCAGCUGGAACACGUCUCCCACGGGGUCAGUGGCCGUAGCGGGGCCAGAGCAGGGACACCGGGACCCAGCCCAGAGGAACGGUGGUGGGAGCAGCUACUGCUAGGAUCACCAAAUGUUAAAAAGACAGGAUUUUCCAAGACAUUUGGUGGGAAACGACACUAACACAGCUGUUGUCGGGCAGCACUUAGGUUGGAACAGAUAUCCAGAGCCUGGAAUGCCCUGUUGCUCGGCUUCCCGGCGGGGUGCCAGGGCUGAUGCUGGCAGGACUCAGCGAUCCACGCGGUGCCGUCUCCCUCCCCGCAGGUGCUGCCUGCUGUGCUCAGAGGUGUUUCCUCCACGCUUGCCGUUGGGUGAGAUCCCAUCGGUGGGCAUGCAUGUGCCACACAAGCGCUUGGCAUGGCUGUGUCCCUGUGACCAGCACGGGACGCCCAAGCGGUGCCAGCGCCAGCGCCCGGGGCCUGGCUGCCGUCAGCCACGGCCCAGCCCUGCCAGCACCGUUCUGCCUCAGCUGCAGGACGUGUUUGGCACUUUGUGCCAAGCCUGGGAGGAGGAGGAAGAGGAGGGUGACAUGGUUUCCCUCCCGUGACGGGGACAUGCCUUCCAGCAGCUGUGCCAGAGGCGUGUGGUGUGGCAGCUUAUCAACAAAGCGUGUUUUCCUCCAAGACGAGUCUUCUGGCAGCAGCCGAGGGACAGCUUAAAAGCUGGCCAAGGGUCAUUGUCAAAGGUCCCGCUUUCUCCAAAUAAUGUCACAAACUCUGUGCUCACAUGGAUGCUCUUGCAAGCAGUCCCGGAAACUGGGAAAAUUACCCAGCUCGUAAAACUUUCAGUGAGGAAACCCUCAGCAAAGUGCAGGGACACUCUCCCACACCAGCCAUGGGUGUGCAGCCCCUGGGGAGCUGGGACCUGCUCGGGAGGAGAGGCAGCAGCCACCUGCCAGCACCCUGGGCUGGGGUCUGCAGUGAGUGGGGGACGCAGGGGGAGAAUCACUGGAGCCCCUGCAGAGCUGCAUCAGCCCCCGACGCAGGUUUCUCGGGGAGCUCACAGACUCCCACCUGGAGAAGGCAGAGCAGCACGGGCUGCCUUCUGCCCUCGCGUCCCCAGCUGCCUGUGCGCUGUUGGGGAGAGGGGAUGUGCGUGCCCUGGUGCGGGCUGUCCCCUGCAGAGCCGGGCACAGCCAGGCCCGGCCUGACAGAGGCACCCAGCCAAGGUACCGCGGUGGGCGACCCACGGAGUCUCCUCGCGUGGGAGCCUGGUUUUUAAUACUUCCUUGCUUAUGGGCUUUUCUGUAUAAAUAGAACAUGCAGUUCCUGUUUAGGGAAGCUGGCAGACGGCACGGCGAGGUUUAGAGUUACGGCCCCACGAGAAGGUGGGCGGCAGCCCGGGCACAGUGCAGAGACACCCGCAGCGCGUUUGCCCACACGGGACGGCCGUGGCCGGGUCCUGGGAAGGGGCCGGCCCUUCAUGCCGUGGGAGAGGCGAUGUGCGCCGGGCACCUCCACGAUGUGCAGGGUCAUGGCUGCUCCGGUGGGUUCACUGCGCCGGGCAGCCGCCUGCUCAGCCCAGCACAGCGCAGGGUCACCCACAACCCCAGGAACGAGCUUCCAGCCCGGGCAGCUGCAGCCCUGCCCUGCAGGAGCUGGUGGGGUCACCGCGUGUGCCGGGGGUCGCGCUGUGCCGCAUCAGCGGCACCCUCACUGCUGGCUGCUGCUCUUCACCAGGCUGGUUCGGGCAGGAGCGGGGGACCCCAGCUGGGAACUGAAGUGGGGCUCAGCGGGGAGGAUGGAUGUCUCGUGGAUUCCCACACGGGUGGACGCUGCCCGCGGCAGGACAGCCAGCUCCAGCUCCGGGCCGGGCUGGGAAUCCUCCUGCCUGUUUGCACAAGUGCCAGCCUGGCCUUGGGGGAGGUCAGGGGCCCCGGGACGUGCGAGCCUGGCGAGGUGGUGUUUGGGGAGGGGGUCCCUGCCCCGCUCCCUGCUGAGAGCUUGAUUAGAUUCUGCUCAAUUUACAGCCCUUUGGCUUCCUGGUGUUUCCCUGCAGCCAGCAGGACCUGGUUUCCCUUUGAACGAAAGAGGGGUUUUUGAAAUGCAAACUGUGUGAAGUUCUGCAGCCCUUCAGAAAGGGGAGGAGGCCCCUGGCCCGUGUGGGCUGUGGGGAGCUGGGGGUCCGUGCCCAGCUCGGGGAAUGCCGGUGCUACAGCGGCGCAGGCAGGAGGGUCCCUGUGCACCCGUGGGUGCCGCCUGGUGCAGGACACGGGCCCCGUGGGCCUCUGCCCUUUCCCACGCCGCUCUGCACUCCGCUGUGGUCUGGGGAGGACCGGGAGCCAGAGCUCAACUCGUUUCCCAGCUCUGCCAGCGUUCUGUUCCCAGGAUGAGUCAGAGUCCCUGUGGGCAGAGCCCUCUCCCUCCGGGGUCACCGCACUGCCUCUCGCUCUCUCCCACCCUCCCGGGCGCUGGGAGCACACAUCCCACCCGUGGGGCACCCAGAGCCCGGCCAUGCUCCUGCCAGCCCAGGGGUGCCCCGCAGGUGCACAGCUGGUGGCAGGGGGUGGGAGGGACUCGGCUCCCCUGUCCCUGAGCACAACGGGAGAAAUGAGCUAAACCGGCCGAAAAGCACCCUGGGCUCUGCAGCGUGAAUCAGGGCCAUGUGUGGAAACAAGGCAGUCCUUGAGCCUGUGCCUCGGGCCAUCGCAGCAGGCUGAGGGGCCGAGCUCACCCCGAGGUGAGCAUGUCACCACAAACAACGAGCCCUGUGUGGGCUUGGAGCCGUGCCGUGGGGGCACAGAGGCGCUGCUGGGUCUUCUUGCCACCAUCCCUGCUCACCGAGGUCUUGCUGGAGGCUGGGAAACAGCCACAGAAAUGAGACUGAAGUACCUGGGCCACAAAACACUGCAGGGAUGAGCAUCUCCUUGGGCUUUGUCACUGUCAGCCUGGCUGCAGAGCAGUGGGACAGGGUGCUCGGGACUAGACAGUGCCUCACUCUCUUUGGGGUGCUCGGGACUAGACAGUGCCUCACUCUCUUUGGGGCACAGCCACGAGCCCCAGGGCAGUGGGAGAUCUCUGGCCAAGCAGCAGUGGGGCAGCUGGCUGUGAUGGUCUGCUGGGGUUGGCGAGGCCCUGUGGGACACCCGGCUGGGGCACCGGGCUCAUCACGGGUCCCGCAGGCUCUGGGUGACGUGGACCAGGUCCGGAUGACCUCCGAGGGCUCCGACUGCCGCUGCAAGUGCAUCCUGCGGCCGCUCAGCAAGGACGCCUGCAGCCGCGUCAGGAGCGGCAGCGCGCGCGUGGAGGAUUUCUACACCGUGGAGACGGUGAGCUCGGGGGCUGACUGCAAGUGCUCCUGCACCGCGCCCCCCUCCUCACUCAACCCCUGUGAGAAUGAGUGGAAGAUGGAGAAGCUGAAGAAACAGGCCCCUGAGCUCUUUAAGCUGCAGGCCAUGGUGGACCUGCUGGAGGGAACGCUGUACAGCAUGGACCUGAUGAAGGUGCACUCCUACAUCAGCAAGGUGGCGGCGCAGAUGAACACGCUGGAGGAGACCAUCAAGACCAACCUGAGCAGGGAGAAUGACUUCAUGAAGGAGAGUGUCCAGCACCUCACCGACCAGAUGAAACGCUACGAGAACUACUCUGACAUCAUGAUCAGCAUCAAGAAGGAGAUCUCCAACCUGGGCUACCAGCUGCUGCAGAAGGACGCAGCUGCCGUCCCCGAGAGCAAGGCACAGGACACGACAGGUGGCCGAGAGAAGGAGGCAGGACGGUACCCCAGCACCCGCAAGGCUCUGGGGGACAGGGCAGGGCCCCGAGCGCCCAAGGAGAAGCCGCUGAAGCCCGAAAAGCCCAAGAAGGAGAGCACCAAGGCCAGGGCAGGGUCCCAGCCCACGGCCAAGCCCAAGCCCCCGGCGCAGCAGCAGACUGUGGUCCGAGGCAUCACCUACUACAAGGUCGGGCAGGCGGGAGCGGCGGAGGGUCCGACCAGCGGCCGCGAGGGCCCCGUGAGAGGGGCAGCCGCCUCAGAGCAGCAGGAGGACAGGGGCCCCCUGCCCCCCUCAGCUGAGGGCACCCCAGCCCAAGCUGUUGCACGGACAGAGAGCACCGUGCCUGGCACCACGGCUGUGCCCAGCACCGCCCCGGCCCCCCGCAGCACCGCCCGCAGCCCCCCCGGCCCCGGGCAGGGCACCGACCGCACCGGGGACCCCGAAACACCGCCCAGAGGGAAGGAGGCGGAGUGCGAAGGCACUCUCGAGUCCGUGGAGCCCCCCACGGAGCACCACAGCUACGGGCGCAAUGAGGGGGCCUGGAUGAAGGACCCGGCAGCCAAGGAUGACCGUAUCUACAUCACCAACUACUACUAUGGGAACAGCCUGGUGGAGUUCAGGAGCCUCGACAACUUCAAGCAGGGCCGCUGGAGCAACCUCUAUAAGCUGCCCUACAACUGGAUUGGCACCGGGCACGUGGUGUACAAAGGAGCCUUCUACUACAACCGUGCCUUCACCAAGAACAUCAUCAAGUAUGACCUGAAGGAGCGGUACGUGGCAGGCUGGGCGCAGCUCCACGACGUGGUGUACGAGGACACGACGCCCUGGAAGUGGAGGGGCCACUCGGACAUCGACUUCGCUGUGGAUGAGAGCGGGCUUUGGGUCAUCUACCCCUCGGUGGACUAUGACUACUCCCAGCAGGAGGUGAUCGUCCUCAGCAGACUUGACCCUGUGGACCUCUCAGUGCGCAAGGAAACCACCUGGAAGACGGGGCUGAAACGCAACACGUACGGGAACUGCUUCAUCAUCUGUGGCAUCCUCUACGCUGUGGACACCUACAGCCAGAAGGAAGGGCAGAUCUCCUAUGCCUUCGACACGCACACAGACACGGAGGCAGAGCUCCGACUGCCCUUCCUCAACCACUACUCCUUCACCACGCAGGUCGACUACAACCCCAAGGAGAAGGUGCUCUAUGCCUGGGACAAUGGCCAUCAGAUGACGUACGGGCUCCGCUUCGUGGUCUGAGUGCCUGGGCGGGUCCCGCUGCACUCCUGUGCCCACCCUGCGUUGUGCCUGGCUGGGGCACCCUGACGCAGCCUGGCCCUGGCACCCCAGCUGCAGCCAGGGCUGUGGCAAGAGCCCGGCUUCCACCCCAAAACCUUCCCCAUCUGCUAUGGCCAUCGCCUGCACGGUGCCCACUGUGCUGCAGGGCAGGGAGAGCACAUGAGAGCAGUCCCCAGCAGACUGCCCUGUGACAACGUGGCCCCGGGGCCGUGGCAGCUGGGCCAGCAUCGCCUUCCCUGGGACACAGAGAGGAGCCAACUCACAUCCCCCUGCUCUGCUGGCACCACCUGCCCUGCAGCAGCGCACCGAGCGCCUCCCGCGCUGCCCCGGCCUGCCGGGACCACGUGUGCCAUCCCUGCAGCCGUGCCAGUGCCGGGACAGCCCCGUGGGCCGGGGCCCCCUCACUGCCAGGCACCAGGAACAGGUGCCAGUCGCUAUUUUAGGAAGUGUGGUUAAGAUGCCUUUGCUUUUGCUGA